UCAGUCCUUGGUGUCUCAGAGUCCGGAUCAAUCCCACAAUCCCAAUAACUCAGUUUGUAUUUAUUUGAAUGGUGCUGACUUCGGCGCGUCACUGGACAUGCACUAAAAUAGCUGUUAUCUAUUUCAUCUUUACUCAAGUCUCGUCGUCUAUUUGAUAUCGCACCAGGACGCUGUUAUUGAAACAAUUCGAAGAAACUAAGCGACGUUUACAACAUGUAAUGACUCUCUGAUUAUGGCCACUGGAAAUCAUGUUGGGAAUGAUGCAGAUGUCCACAGGCUCAAGCAAGCCAAAGCCCUUGAUCUUUUCAACCACAGAAGUGCUCCUAGAGAUGAAGAGAACAUGAGGGAGGUGGAUAAUUUAUAUAAGGAAGAAAUAGAUAAAGACAGAUUUCCAGUGGGUCGUUGCAUGCACAGCUACGGCAAAGUAAAACGAGCAGUGAGCAAGAAGACGCGUCAUUCAGCGGUGGGUACCGCAGUUCGCCUGCGAGCCUCUCCAGCAGGCAGACCCUCUGACAUGGCCAACAAGGAGAAUGAGCUGACGUGUGCCGAGGACUUGCAGGGCGUUCACUAUAAGGACAAGUGUGCGUUCCCUGUGAACUCGACAGACGCCUCCAAAAUGGCAGGACCUGGCUCCAAGUACAGUGACUACUUCACUGAGUUAACCAAGGACCAUGACACAAUGACCCAUGUGCUCUUUGGGAGGAAUCUCAGGUUAAAUGUGGCUUUGACACUUUGGCGAAGAAAUGCUAGUGAACUAGUGGCUUAUUUGAUCAGAAUCCAAGACAGAGGGGUGCUGGUAGAUUGUCUUCCUGUCCUCACAAAAAGCCUUCAAGAAGAACAGUCAAGUUUUUCCAUUGGUUGCUGUGUUGAUCUUUUACCACAAGUGAAGUCAGUGCUUUGUGGUAGAUAUGAAGUGCACCUCACUGUGGCUUUGCACUGGAUUCAAUCUGUUGUUAAAAAAUGGUGGCCUGAACUCUCAUCGAAUGGAAAGACUCUGCAAGAUCGCUGUGCGAAUGAGAAGAAUGUUCAGGCAAUGCGAAAGCUGCUGCUUGAUCUUUGGGAUGAUGCGUGUCCAUUAUUUUCAGUACCUGGAACUGUUGGGGAGAUGAGCAAGGAAAUUGAAUCCCAUCUGUCACAACUGCGUUGAUGUCUCGAUGUAGAACACUUGAGGAAACAACCACUACAAGCACUUGCUGUGGUUUCCAAUGCUGUUUUUUUAACAGCAAAAUAUAAUCUUUUGUAUAACUCCAGAAGACUUGACUCGAUGAUGAUUGGGGAGACCGAUGAACUGACAAAUUCAGACCCUCCCUAUAUCCAAACUGGAGACAUGUCUUAAAGGGUGAAUCAUUUCCCAUAAACCCUGACUGCUUCACAUUGAAGUGGACUUUUUCAUUAGUGGCACUGUCAACUCUAUGAGACUAAAGAAUCAGGUAACUCACAGAAGUGCCAUGGAGAAGUUUUAACUCGCACUUGCAGUGCCAUGGUGUGCACUUGCUGAAGUGGAUUUGACCGCGUCCUGAGUCGUACAAUGUCUUAUCAAUGAAGAGCUUGUAGUCCUGCUUUCUUAAGUUAUUGAAGCUUUCACUGUCUUACGAUUGUUCAUGGAUGAAAUUAUUGUGCAUCAUGGUGAUUUUCUUUUAAUCAACUUCUAAAUAAAUUUGCAAAAAUUUUUGCCAAA